GCUGUGCGAGGCGCAAACGAUGUCAUCUUAGGGACUUCAACACAAGAGGAGCACCGCCAUCUCCGAUUUCUGUCUCGAAAGUAAACCGCGAAUGUCAAUGUUGAGUCUCGUUGAAGCCAGUCGAUGCGCUGCGAUUAUUCUCGAUGCGCUGCGAUUAUUCUCGAUGCGCUGCGAUUAUUCUCGAUGCGCUCCAAUCUUUCUCGAUGCGCUCCAAUCUUUCUCGAUGCGCUCCAAUCUUUCUCGAUGCGCUCCAAUCUUUCUCGAUGCGCUGUGCUGGUGGUCGACGCACAAACUUAAUCUGAUUGUUAUCAGAUGCAUCACGAUGCACUCGGCCCAGGUGCCGCAUAUUCUAUAGUUUGACGUCGGUUCUCCACGAAAGAAGUGGGGUUGUGACGCUUGGUGAGCAAGGGGGAGACUGUUGUGGGUGUGAGUGGUCACCGAUGGCUUGGAGAUCUACAGAUUGACAUGUUCUGCAAGCGCGGGACGAAGGUUACAGAGGUGGAUUACG